UCUAGACGCAGCUGACGAUGUAAACAAGAAAAGACAGUCGAGGGCAACAGGGAUCAAAUAGGCCGGUGUCACCGCAAAUGAUAGCCAUUAAACGCUCAUAGACGGCUGACAUGGGGCUGCCUGUUACGAUUAAAGUCAAUUUCCGGGGGAAUGUGAAGAGAUUUCUGGCCCAGGACCUGGACAAACUGGAGUGGGAGUCCGUCGAAGCCUGGAUUAAAGCGUCUUUCGGGAUCAACCACUUUCAAGUGAAAUACUUUGAUGAGGAUAAUGAAGAGAUUUGCAUAAACAGUCAAGAUGAAUAUGAAGAAGCCAUCAAGAGUGCAGAGAAGCAGGGGAACCAGUUGCACAUGAACGUGUACAAGAUGAAGGGGCAGGCCUGCGGAGGCCCGCUGAAGACGGAGGUGAAGGAGCUGAAGGGAGACCUCCGGCCCGCUCCUCCGUAUCCGUCACGGGUCAAAACGGUGGACAAAGGAACGCAGGUCACCCCGGAGCGAGAAGCUGUCCCAGUAAAGGACAACAAGGGGAACAAGCCAGAAGAUGAACCACCUCCGAUGUGGUUUAGAUCGUACAUGGAGAAGUUUAAAGACGAGGUGGUGAAAGAGGUGGUGGAGAGGAUGUGCAGCGACUUCUCUGGCCAGUGUUGCACCCACAAAUCCUCUGAUGGCCCCCUGGAGGCCUUGGGGGCCACUGGGGGUCCAAUAGGGCCCCGGCCCGGCCCCUCCACCUCUAACGGAUCCCUCGGCUACACCCCAAACUGCAGCAGCUGCAACAAACUCACCUCUGAAGGGGCCUACAAGUGCAGCGUGUGCCCUUCCUGCAUCCUGUGUGAGAUGUGCAGACAUAGCCAUGACCCAAGCCACAACCUCGUGAGAACCAAGACACCUCUCUCCAUCCCUGAGCAUGGAAUGUCGGGAGAGUUGAGGUUCCCAAGGCGAGGAGACAGGACAGUGCGCAAGGCCGAGCGACAGCGCCUCAAAGCUGAAAGGAGGCAGCUCAGAGCUGAAGUGAAGGAAAUCAAGAAGAAACUGAGACUGGAGAAGCGGGGGCUGCAGUGGAGCGGGCCCUCUACCUCAGGCAGAGCCAACCUGACAAACAUGGCCUCCGCGUCCACCCAGGCCCCGGCCCUGCCCCCCCCUGCCGCCUCAGAAACAGCCUCAGGUCCAGCCCCAGCCCAAGGUCCCAUCCCCGCCCCGGUCCCUGAUCCCCAGGCCUCCAGUCCAGAGGGUCCCGGGGUCUCGCACACGUCCUUGGUCCCCACUAUGGCUGCCUUGUUUCUGGAUGAAAAUCUGCCGGACGGCACCCGUCUAGAGCCUGGGACCAAGUUCAUCAAAUACUGGAAGAUGAGGAAUUCGGGCACUAUCAGCUGGACCUCAGAGACUAAGCUAGUGUUCAUGUGGGGAAACCUCGGCCUGGCGUCAGAGGAGAAGCGGGAGGUGCCGGUCCCCUUGCUGCUGCCGGGACAAGUGGGAGUGGUCAGUGUGGCCUUUGUGGCUCCCGUGAUGGAGGGGACGUACACCUCCCACUGGCGGCUGGCGCACUGCGGGUGUCAGUUUGGCCCGCGGGUCUGGUGCAGCAUCGUGGUCGACCCCGGGGACGGCCGCAACGCUCUCGGGCAGCAGAGCAAACGACUGAAGGAGGUGGCGAGGCCGCUGGAGAAGGAGAAGGAGGUCCAAUCCCGGGACGGCUGCCCCGUCUUGUCCGUAGACCUGAACCACGAAGACUUCUACUUCCCCUCCGUCGACCUGCUGACCGCACAGGAUCUGCUGUCAUUUGAGUUGCUGGAUAUAAAUAUUGUGCAGGAGCUGGAGAAGGUUCCUAACAACACUCCUGUGGAUUUGACUCCCUGCAUCUCUCCGCUGCCCCACGAAGUCCCCAUGUUGGAGAAGGCCAUCAUCUCACAGAUGAAGGAAGACGCGGAGGUCACAGGGGUCAGAAAACUGUUCGGAGUGAAGCUGAGGCAGCCGAGGGAGCAGCUGGAGCCUGUGAGCCAGGAGGAGGACCGGGAGGAGGAGAUCAGCGGAGCCCAGUUCCUCUGUGAAACCGUGAUCCGCUCCCUGACGCUGGAGGAGCCCCCAGAUCACAGACCGCUGCGCCGAGCCCAGCACAGUAGCCACAAACCACAGGUCGUGUCCCGAGGAACCAGCUUCUGCUUCGAGAGAACCGUAGAGGUCGUAGAGGAGACGGAGGCGGUGGAAGAAGGACACGAGGAGAUCUGCGCCGUUAAACUAGAGAGUUCAGCUGUUCCCCUCGACCAGAUCCCCCCGGAGGAGGAGACCAGGCCCGUUAUUCUGCUGGAACCAGUGAAUGAAAACCUGCAUAUCAGUUCACAUCACGAUGUCGAGGAUGAGGAGGUCCUGGUGCUGGAAGACAUGCAGACUCUGAGGGAGCCUCAGGAGGAGAAGGAAGAGGGCGGAGCCAAAGGAGAAGACUGGGAGGAGGUCAGCAGCCAGACCUCCUCAGUUUCCUCUUGCGACGAUUACAUCAUCGUCCUGCCAGACUGCUUCGACACCAGCCGGCCUCUGGGGGAGUCCAUGUACAGCUCCGCUAUGUCGCAGCCCGACACCGCCGCCGCAGAUGCUGCUGCUGACGUGACCUCAGCUGAUCAGGACGUACAGCCGGAGGAGGAGGAGGAGGAGGAGGUGGAAGAGGAGGAGGAGGAGGUGGAGGAGGAGGAGGACACCAGCUCAGAGCCGGGGGAGGCGACUCCUCUGCAGGAAUCUCUCGAUGGCGAGGAGUCGACUGUGAACACGUGGCCUCCCCCGGCGCUCCCUCACGCCCACAGCAGUGUGAACCAGAUGCUGUGCGCCUCCCAGACCCUGGACGCCGUGACGCUCACCCCUGAAGUGGUGCCGCCGCCACCGGUGCUGCCCGACCCGCUGCUGCCCCCACCCACCCUCUACUCACCCAGGUCGGAGGCACUGUACCUGGCUGAGGACCCCAGUCCUCCAGCCUGCGAUCCAUAUGAGCCGCACCAGCCGAGGGUCCACCUAAAUGUAUCAUCUGGUCUGUCGAGGUCAGCAGGCUCAGCAUCCAGUGCCUUUGAGACAUACAACCCCAGACCCAGCAACGCUCUGCAGCCAAGGGGCCAAGGAGGCAUCACAGAGGGACUCGUCAAGGGUGCCCUCUCUGUGGCAGCGUCCGCCUAUAAAGCUCUCUUCACUGGACCAAACUGCUCCAUACAGCGAGGCAUCGACCCGGCCACCCGACAGGACCCGUCCCUGAUGGCGAUGCUGCUGGAGAUGGGCUUCAGAGACCAGCGUCUGAACCAGCGCCUGCUGAGGAAGCACGGCUACAGCCUGCUGCACACCGUCAACGAGCUGGUUCAGAUGGCCGAGGACGGCCAGAACAAAGCCGUCAACGCUGCUCUGCACUGAGAGGAGUUCUUUAGACUUUUAAUGUAAAGAGAAUAUUUAGAUUAUGAGGAUAUCUCACCCUUUGCAGCGUCUAAAUUUAUUUUGAAGAGAAACCUGUUUAUGAUUCGUGCUUGUAUUCCAAAGUGUGGAUCGUUUAUUUGGACCAAGAUAAUAAAUAAGUCAAAAAAAAAAGAAAGGGGCUUUAAUUUCUUAGAGAGAAAUGGCUUCUCCUGCCUUUGCCUUUUAAUUUAGCUUUUCGGCAAAAUUAACCACAUACACACUUGUAAAUUAUUAUUAAAAAAAACCUUGCCUUGUUUACCUGGAGGCCAUGAGGCCGGAUGUGCGGGAGCUGUAGUUUCAACGGGACUUAAGUGUGUAUUCCAGCUCUUCAUCUUUAGUGUUUGUAUGGCUGUUGUAGCUGCUUCCUCGGCGCAGAAAAAUAAUUGUCUUUUGACAGGGCUUGGCUAGAUCUUUCUCACAAUUAGAGCAAUGAAAAAUCAAUAUUGUUGAAUGUCAUAAAAGAUAGAAAUGCGUGGAUAUUCUGGGGGUGUUGAGGGUCAGCCGUGCAGUAGUGAGAACAACAAAAUAUUUAAGACUUUUUCUCGAUUAUCGUAGUGAAAUCUGCCUAAACAAUGCAAUCUUUUUCUGUAUCAGAGUACUGUUAUUUUAGACGUUGACAUGUGGAAUGUAUACAAAAACCGUCCGAGCAGAUCACCCUGUUCGGACUCGGAUGUUUUCUACUGCUUUUUAGGAGACACCUGCAUGACAGGUAGAGGCUUUAGAGAUGAGUCGUGUUCUCGUGGUCUUAGCACAGUAGAAAAUGUCCGCUUUGCGUCAUGGAUCAGCACCCGAACCCGCCCCCCUUCUGCCUGCAUCUUCAUUCACCUGAAACAACCAUUUUAGCACUAAUCCAAGCCGAGAUGUCUCUAACAAAAACAUUCCUCACUCUCAUAGUGGAACCAAGUACAUUUUCUUUCAUUACAUUGCCUUUCAUGAUUAUUAGUUUACUGAAAUCUACAUGUGGUGAUUUGACAUUUGUGGUGUGAGUGUGCAGGUUUCAGUUAAUGUUUGUUCUUAUGAUUUAUUCCUCCUGUGUUCGUGUUUGGUUGAGGAUCUUUGUGAACCAUAUUUUCUUCAGUUUCCGUUGAUUGUCCACGUUUCAAAGCAUCGUGCUCUAGAGAAUAAUUCUGAAUAUAUCUACUAUGCUUGUCAAAUUCCUGUCACAGAGUGUAUACAUUGAAUUCCCUCCUGCUGUCAAUCCGCCAAUAAACUAUUUGCACAUCU